AUGAGUCGUCCACCACACUCCCGCAAUGGCCGCAAUGGUCGCGCUGCUGCUUCCUCCACCCCUGAGAUGGAUACGCUGGUGCUGCGCGCGACGCCUUCCAUCAAGCGCUACAACAUCGCUCGCUUUGACUUGCCGGAACUUCCGCAUUUCAGCUCGUGUGCACAGCCCGUCAUGAUGUAUCGUGAGCCCGAGCGCGUGGACGAGGAGGAAGAGAAGGAGGACGAAACGCCCAUUGGCUACAACCCGGCUCUGCGCAAGCGCCGUCGUCGCCGCCGUAAGGACACACGUACGGCUGGUUGGGUCAUCGAGGACAGCGAGGGGAAGAACAAGUAUAACGGCACCUUUGAGGGCGGUCAGUCGUCCACGUACAUGCUGCUGGUUAAGAAUCGCCACAAUGACGAGUUCAGCGUCAUGCCCGUGGAGCAAUGGUUCCGCUUUAAGAAGCCUUUGAACUACCGUACGCUCACGCUGGAUGAGGCUGAGGAGAUGAACAAUGAGAAGAAACGCGCCGUCGAGCGCUGGCUCAUGAAGCACAAGCUCGCAGGCGAGGAUAAAAACGAUGCUGGAGGGGACACCGUCAGUGCUUCACGUGUACGCACCGGUGCGCUGCCCACGGCUUCCUCUAAGCCCAAGGCUGAGGGGGACGACAUCUUUGGUGCGACGGAGGCGCGUCCUCGUCGUGUUGCGCGUCCCAAGCCUCUUGGUGGAGAAGGAGCUACGGGCGAAGAUGGAGGAGACUUUGAAGAAAAAUUUGAUGACGACGAGAGUGACGCGGAGAUUCACAAUGACCAACCCCAGGGACUCGAGUCCGACUCGGAAGAAGACGAGUUUGAAGUGGACCCGGAAGGAACAGGUAAGCUGACAGAGACCGGCCAGGCAAUGAAGGACUUGCUCAAGCGUGCCCAGAACGGAGAGAUGUUGGAGAACAACAAGGAGAAGGAAGACGACGAUGAUGACGAAGAAGACGAUAACUUCACCGCCAAGGACAUGGACGUCAUCAAGCGCGACUUGGGUGGAAACAUCAUCCGGGACCGCUCCACGGCACCGAGUGAGACUGCUGCUUCUAGCGAGGUCAAGACUGGAACUAGUGCCGCAGAUGGCAAUGUUGUGGACGCGAAUAGCAAGUUGAAGGGCCCGGCAGCAGCUGGUGGUAGUGUCACUGGCAAGCGCAAGGAAGACGAUAGUCGCGCGAAGGAGGACACGCCGGCGAAGGCGGCUAAGACAUCAGCCGCUUCGUCGCAGAACAAACUGACGGAGGCUGGUGUGCAGCAGGAAUUGAUCCGCUACGGUGGACGUAUGCGCACGCGUGAUCUGCUUCGCAAGCUGAAGAAGUUGAUCAUCACGGACAACGACAAGGCGCUGCUCAAGGACAUUCUUCGCACGAUUUGUGAUGUGGAAGUAGAUGCCAUUGACGGUCGUCUCCUGGUGCUCAAGUCUCAGUUCCGCUAAGCUUCACGAAUUCACAGCAACCAAUCCAGUAACCAGGCCUUGCUUUCAUUUUCGCUAUUAAUAUUAAUAGUCGUUUGCUUUUUC